GUGACUUUAAGUACUAAAGACCUUAGAAGCUCUUCACAACAUUCACAUCUUUCUUCAAACUCUCAAGAACAAUGGAAGAACUGCAACCCUCGCAUUCAGAUACAUCCGUCUCCAUGAUGGGGCUGUCAAUGUCCCGCAGUGGAGGCACUUCUAGCUCAGCCCUGAAACGUGGGCCCCCUUCCUCAUUCGAAGGACUUGAGGACGAGACGAGCAAGAAGCGGUUCAAGGAGGAUUUGGGAAAUGAGCCAGAUAUUGAGAAGUCUGUCGCUAAACCAUAUUAUGAGGCCCUAGCAGAGGAUCUUGCUCAAGAACUUCAAUGCGGUUGUUGCACUGAGCUGGUGUACCGACCAGUGGUGGUGUCCCCUUGUCAGCAUUUCUUCUGCGGCAGCUGUUGCGUAUUGUGGAUUCGUAAUGGAGGUACAAAUUGUCCUGCAUGUCGAGGGGUAUCUACUAUCGUUACACCAUCACGCCCACUGCAAUCGAUCGUCGAUAUUCUUUUACGUGCCGAUCCAUCACGAGAGCGCGCUGAACGAGAACGAAUUCAAGCGGAUGAGGUAUACAAGGCUGGAUGUUCUAUGAGGAUCCCAACGCCACGAGAGGCGUCCCCGGAACCCAACCUAAAUCAAAACGCGGAUUAUGUUCGCCCUUGUCCUCAUUGUGCGCCUGAUAAUGCAUUCGGUUGGAGGUGUCCUCAGCCCGUCAUCGAUUACGGCGUCGAUCCAGAGCGUGCGUGGCACUUGGAUGACGGUAAUCCGCCUGGUCAUGCGUUUUGCGGAAACUGCGAAAAUCUUCUUGCCUUGCGCGCUCCUUCCACAACAAAAUGUGACCUAUGCCAGGUCUCAUUUUGCGGUGUUGGUGUACCAGGGCGUUGUUUGGCAGCACCUCUGCUGUCUCAGCACCCUCACAAUAUGUCUGACCUCGGUGAUCUCAUCCAAUCAUCCGAAGUUUAUGGAUGUUUCGAUCAUAAUACCGUCGAGGUCGAUAUCAUGCUUGAUUACCUGACCGCUCAAGAAAUUUCACCUCGGCAUAUUUAUCGCGAGGUUGCAUCACACAUCCUCUCCCAGCCUAAUGGUUUCCGUCCCCUGAUAGAGCUCGACUUGUUCGUGGAUAUCCACAGCGUCACCGCUGGGAUUGAUGAGAAUCCAGAUGCGCCGAGAAAUAGGAUAUGUAGACAAUGUGCUACAGAAGUCAUGCUCUGGGGUAUCAAGGACUGGUGGAUACGAGAAAGGCAGAAGGGUUUUCUCCAGGAAACUGUGACGCGUCGACCUGACUGUAAGGAAGGCACCUCCUGCAGCAGACAGAAAGAUCUUGCGCAUGCAAGGGAAUAUAAUCACAUCAUCGCCCCCCGUUUUUCGGGAGAUUCGGUCUUUUCCACCGAUGCAUCAAUGACAGGUACUCAAGGCAGCCCACCCGUCUUUGCUGCUAUAACUGCCGAUGCCGCUAGGCAAUUAGAGCCGGAGAUGGCGGAAAGUCGAGGCAAUGCAACAGUGACAGAUCUCCCUACAAACUCCUUUCUGAUUGAUGGACUAUGAGCAUUGAGGGUCACCCUUUUCCCUCUUCACCUUAGUAACUACAACGAGCUUAAUGCUGUGACGGAGUUCAGGUUGCAUGUGAAAAAAUUUUCACCGUGAUUAUGACUAGCUCAGAUGUCAUUGCCACCACGGAUUUCAUGUCUCCCUUUCUCUUUCCAAUUCUAAUAAUCAUUUUAUCGUUAUCUUCACCUC